UCGCACUAUAGAACAAACAGAUUGUGCUUGACAAUAAAAAGGGGUUGUAGGGGCGAGGCACCCAGCUGCUCUCCGCGCAUGCUCUGUUAAGUCGGAAUUCCGUCGCGACCCUCAUCAACUUCAGUCUAUAUUCGGUGGAGUAAGGGCCACAGUGUUCCUUCAUUUAAAAUAUUCUUACAGGAAUAUAAAAUCCUACAUUUUUCAAAAAAAUGAUGAAGCCAAAAUUAUCGAGAUAUCAUCAAGUCCUUGAAUUAUUUAAACAUCAACUGUUGUGACCCAUAGAUAUUUAAUCACGAUUCAUAUUAUUUUCUAUUUUAAAUUUAAUUAUAAACUUACUUUUUGAAACUUAAGUGUUUUAUAUAUGUAUUUAAGCAGUUCAAAUUGAGUUUAAUCUGUACUUAGCUAAUAAAACUAUUGUUUUACAUGGAAUUGAUGUAUAGAUCGCAUGAUAUUCAGAGGAUUGUUAAUGAGAGCUGUUGAAAAGUAAUUGAAAUAAGCAAAGCUUAUUUUUGAUUGAAUUGGGUGCUAUUCUAUUUUCUUUUUUUUUAUUUAAAAUGAAAGUUUGUAAGUAAAGAAGGCAAAUUUUUAACAAUGGAGCAGUAUGCAGAUGAUAUGUUAUGGUUAGUUGUAAGCGGGUUUCUCGUGGCAUUCGUACUGGCAUUUGGUAUUGGCGCAAAUGACGUCGCUAACUCCUUCGGAACCAGCGUUGGAUCGAAAGUACUAACACUUACACAAGCAUGUAUUCUCGCCACUAUCUUCGAAAUUUCGGGUGCUGUCUUAAUUGGUUACAAAGUAUCAGAUACAAUGCGUAAAGGGAUACUGGAUGUGUCCCUGUAUGCUGACGGUGGCGAAAGACUUCUGGCCGCCGGGUGCCUGGCAGCGCUCAUAGCGGGGGCCACGUGGUUGAUACUGGCGACUGCACUGCGGCUACCCGUAUCUGGAACUCAUUCGGUAGUCGGAGCCACUGUUGGAUUUACACUCACAGCUAAGGGUCCUGUUGGUGUUCGCUGGUCUACUCUUGGUGCUAUCGUGUUGUCUUGGUUUGUAUCACCAGCCCUUAGCGGCACGGCGUCUGCUAUGCUGUUCUGGGUAGUCCGCCGAUUUAUAUUGCGAGCACCUCAGCCGAUUAAAGCAGGUCUUCGGGCUUUGCCUUUUUUCUACGGAGCUACCGUUGCAGUGAAUGUGUUGAGCGUGGUGCAUGAUGGUCCUAAACUGCUGGCGAUGGACAAGAUUCCUUUGUGGGUGGCAUUGGCUGGCUCGCUAGCGCUGGGGGCGCUGGUGGCGGGCUGUGUGCGCGCCUUCCUCGUGCCACAUUACCGUCGCAAGCUCACUGCACCACCAGUCAACUUCUCUUUAGGGCUUUCUAACGAAACUACUCCAGCCAACACGCCCACUCACUCCAACAAGAGCGUUCCCCAGCGCCCCACUUCACUACUAUCUGAAGACGGAAAAGUUCUUGAAGCAAUAGCAGAGAGCGCGGAGAUGGUGACUUUGAGUGACGCCGACAAAGCAUCUGAUGGGGUACGAGAGAUGAACGCUAGGAACAGAGCGCUGCUGGCCACCAUGGACGACUGUAGUAUCCUAUCAAGGAGCCUCAGUCCGCCGAAUAAACCUCGAUUGCAAUUAGUAGACGCGGACCCACAAAUCAACACACUUAAAUAUAUCGAUGAGACCUUGAGCUGUUGUAAAAGUUUAGACUCCGCUCAAAUGGCAGGAAUGGGUGAAAGCUACGAUUCAAGGAAUGGGUUUUUCGGAGGCUCGUGUGAUACCAUCGCUCGCGGAGAAUUCGAUAGAUUGGCUGCGGCAAGAGCGCUUCCUGUUGUUGGUUUCGAGACUCCUCCUCCGCGCAUCGAAAAAGAGGAUUCUAGCUUCUUCAAGGCCAAAACACAGGCGCCAGUAAGCUCCAGCGCGUGGAGCAUCGAGGGCGAGAGCAAGCGCCUGCCAGCCAUAACGCCCAACUCGAGCGCGGCGCCGCUGCUGCGCGCGCCGUCCCCGCCGCCCGCCCCGCCGCAGCCGCCGCCACCCGACACCCUUCGCCUCUUCUCCUUUCUCCAAGUACUCACUGCUACGUUUGGAGCGUUCGCACAUGGGGGGAAUGAUGUCAGCAACGCAAUAGGUCCUCUGGUGGCGCUGUGGCUGGUGUACUCCGAGGGCGCGGCCCACAGUCGCGCGGAGACGCCGCUCGCGAUCUUGGUAUUUGGUGGCGUGGGCAUCGCGCUCGGCCUGUGGCUGUGGGGCCGCCGCGUCAUCCGCACCGUCGGCGAGGAUCUCACCAGCAUCACCCCUGACACGGGAUUCACUAUUGAACUGGGUGCAGCGUUGACCGUACUGGUGGCAAGCAAAGCAGGUUUACCGGUCUCUACCACGCACUGUAAAGUUGGCUCCGUAGUUUGCGUAGGCUACUUCUCGCAGAAAUCCGUGGACUGGAGUUUAUUUAGGAACAUAAUAUACGCGUGGGUGAUCACCGUGCCAGCCGUGGCGGCCAUCGCGGCGCUCUCCAUGUUGGCGCUUGAAGCGUUUGUCGUUUAAAGCAUUGCAUCAGUUGUAGAACUAAACGUACUCAUGCAUUAAGUGUUUAUUUCUUCGUUAAAAUUAAAUGGAUGUUCAAAAUCACGUCUCUCGUCCACAUGACAAAAUAUUAAUUAAGAAAUAGAUAACUUUACAUAGGUACUAUAAUUCUUCUUUAACUUUUCAUACAAUGUUUUGAAAUAUUACAUUUUUAAGAGAGAGAUGUAGUUUAAUGGAGUUUUUAUAAGAUCUAGUAUUCUGGCUGUUACAUUGUUUUAAAAUAAUCAAUAUACCUAUCCAUAUCAAAAUGCAAAGUUAUGUGGACGAGCUUCUAGUUAACAUGUUCGCGUUUUCCGUAGAUUGAUGUGUUAAAUGAUAAGACUCAGCCGUAACUAUUUCUAAGCGACACUUCACCAAUACUAGCCAAUACGGAACUGUGUUAAUUAGCUGUAAAACAGAUCAAUUCGUUUAAGCCUAAGGUCUAAGUACUUAAUCUAAUGUUUGGAUAUCAAGUUUAUCAAAUUGGUAUAAGUACUAAGUCUAUAUUUCUGUCAAUAGAAAUACUGAUGCAAUUAUAGUUGUUCUUUUAGUCUAUGCUCUCUUAUAAAUGUUGUAAUAGAUUAAUAUUACUAAAAAAUAUUGUUUUCUGUUUGUAGAGAACCAUUGAUCAGUGUGACAACUAUGUAAAACCAACGCUGGCCACAUACGAGUACCAAGUCACGUACGCAAAUUAAACGUGUAAACCGGUGCUUACAAAUUAGUUUUAUUCAAUUCAUUUCACUAUCAUAGAUUAAGAGUUAUUUGACUAAGAGACUACUAUUAAAUAAUCGUCUUGGAAAAUGAGACCAAAUGUUUUGAAAAAUUUAAAUUAUUAUAUUGAGAUUGUGUAAAUUUUCUUAGAGAUGUUUUAAAGUUAUUGUUUAUAAAAUAAUAGCGUUGGAAUAGCACGGCCGGAAAUUAAUGCAUUUUUAUAUUGUUUUUUUAUGAUUUGAUAAAAAACGUGAUAAAAACCUGUUAUGUAGUAAAAACACUACGUGGAUAUAAAUGAUGUCAGUCAAUGGAUAUAUCGUAGCGUGAGGAGGCCAAUUCUGCAUAGGUGACUUAUGUAUGUUAACACUCUUCAAUAAAUGAUUAGAUGUCACUAUUGUUGAAUAAACUUAUUAGUUGAAAAA